AUGGCUGGUUUAACCCAACAACUCGACUUCGCUCCAACAAACGGAAUUUACAACUUAACAAAUUUGCGGACUCACUUCAUGAAAGGGGGGUGUCUGUCCCAACCGUCCCUUCGAACACUUAUCAAGACAACUACUACUCUAUUCACCAAAGAGACUAACCUCCUUGAGAUCUCACGACCUUCCGUUGUGUUUGGUGAUUUGCAUGGACAGUACUUCGACCUUCUUUCACAGCUCGAUGACUUAGCGAAGUUCACAGAGACACACAAUUUGAUCUUUCUGGGGGAUUACGUUGAUCGAGGCACAUUCUCAUGUGAAGUGAUGAUCACGUUGUUGUGCCUCAAAGCCAAUUAUCCAAAGCGAGUUUUCCUGUUACGGGGGAAUCACGAAAGUCGGCAAAUGACUGAGUCGUAUGGCUUCAAAGCUGAAUGUGCGUGGAAGUACUCUGAUAGUAUCUACGACUUAUUUAUAAGUCUAUUUCAGGCCCUUCCAAUAGCCGCAAAGUUACAUACGAACUUUGGAGACUUCUUCUUGUGUCACGGCGGCUUAUCGCCUUCUAUGAAGUACGUUGGAGACAUCAAUGGGGUCAAUCGAUUUGUGGAGCCCGUGCAGAACACUUUGCUGUUUGAUUUGUUAUGGGCGGACCCAAUUAGUGACGAGAAGACUAGCCAAGACGGGUGGAAUUUAAUUGAGUAUGAGAGAAACACUGAGCGGCGGUGUUCAGUGUAUUUUGGGUAUAAAGCCGUUGACUCCUUUUUCAACGAGAACUGUAUAGAACUUCUUAUUCGGGCGCACCAAUGCGUCAAAAAUGGGAUCAAAGGACUUUACUUUGGGGAUUAUGGACUUGCUUCCCCACUGGGGUACACCGUCUUUAGUGCCACAAAUUACAAUUGUAAUCAAGGAGCAGCUUUAAUUAUCGAAGAGACCGGGUUGAAGGUAAGAAGAUAUAGUGAGUCGACUUUGAAGUAUAUGUAUGACCCUGUUCUUAUUAACGGCGUGCUCUUAGGCACACUAGUGAUUAUUAAGAACUGUGAGAACCUUCUGUUGGAUAUCAUAGAAUCUACUUUGAUAUAUGGAGAAGACGAGGAAUUGAACCAAAAAAGGACACAAGUGGUUAAACACGAUGAUGAAAUGCUAUUGGUUGAUACUUCGAAAGUUCAUAAAAAAGAAGAAAAAGAAGAGAACAACGGGUGGGGUGAUCUCGAGAGUGAAGAAAAAGAGAGAAACAUCCUCAAAAUGCGUAAACUCCGAAAAACAAAGAAAAACUCGAAUAAGGCGAAAGUCAUUAAAGUCGAAAAAAGUCCCGAAAAGGUCGAACACGACGAGGAAGACGGAUUUACAGUCAGCUUUGUCGGCGACAAAGGCGAAAAUGAGAAGACAAGGGAAGAAAGUACAAAGGCACUUAAGAAACGCAUUUCGUCGAGUUGUAAAGACACGCGGGACGUUCUCUUAAACAUCGAAGAAAGUGGGACUUUAUCAAAUUCCGUCGCUACAGAGAACCCAACUCAACAAGUAGACUUGAAAAGAAUUAGAGAGGAAAUUAGACCACUGAGCUUGGCAGAACUCAGAGAAGAGUGGAAGGCGAUGAAUAAAAAAAGUCAGAAAAAAAUAUAA